UAAUUGUCAUCCAGUUGAGAAAGUGUAAACAUGCGUGUCUUUGUGUAUACCUUGUUUUUGAGUUUACUUUUCAUCUUGAACAUAAAUGAAGCAGCGAGAAUAUUGGUAGUGGUUCCAACGCCUUCUAUCAGUCAUCAAGUAGUGUUUCGAGUUCUGACACAAGAGCUAGCCAGGAGAGGACACGAUGUCACAUUCAUCACAACAGAUCCCGCCUUCCCGAAAGGAGGAGCUCCUGCUAACCUGACAGAAAUAGACCUUCAUGAUUUAUCGUAUAAUCUGUUCAUAGAAGAAAGUAAUAAGGUACCAAGAGGUAAUAAAGAAGACAUGAUUACUAUGUUCAGAGCAUUUUUCAAAUUUUGGCCUACAGUUUUCGGUGAGCAAUUAAAAGACGCAAGCGUGCAACGUUUGAUCAAAGAUAAAAAUCAGAAGUUUGAUUUACUGAUCUUAGAAGCAGGUAUCAGACAGGCGCUUGUGUUUUCUCACAUUUUCAAAGCUCCAGUUAUCCAAAUGAGUUCUUUUGGGGGUUACUUGGACAAUUUCCCAACUAUAGGAGCUCCAACACAUCUGUUUCUGUAUCCAACAGUACUUCAGCAAAAGAUACACAAUCUCACAAUGUAUGGAAAAAUUAUGGAACUGUAUAAGCAUUAUACGAUUGAAAGUCUUUAUUACGAAAGCAGACAUCUAGAAGAUAAAGUUUUACGAGAAAUUGUUGGACCAGAUGUACCGAGUGUCACAGAACUGGCCAAUAAUGUGGAUAUGCUGUUCUUGAAUGUGAAUCCAGUGUUUGUGGGUAUACGACCUGUUCCACCAACCGUUGUGUUCACAAAUGGUCUGCACCAAAUCCCUCCGAAAGAGCUGCCUAAGGAUCUCAAAUCAUAUUUAGACUCUUCAAAAAAAGGUGUGAUUUACAUCAGUUUUGGUACCAAUGUGGAUCCUACUCUACUGCCAGCCGAAAGAAUCCAAGUACUAGUGAAAGCAUUCUCUCAGUUACCUUACGAUGUGUUAUGGAAGUGGAACGGAGACGAACUGCCUGGACGUACUGAGAACAUCAGAAUUUCAAAGUGGUUGCCGCAGUCAGAUUUAUUGAGACAUCCUAAAAUUAAAGUUUUUGUAACACAAGGAGGCCUACAAUCUACAGAUGAAGCAAUCACUGCUGGCGUGCCAUUGAUUGGAAUACCAAUGUUAGGCGAUCAAUGGUUUAACGUUGAAAAAUAUUUAACUCACAACAUAGGAGUUGGAUUGGACUUGGAUGAUAUAACAGUCGAAUCCUUCAAAAAUACUCUGCUCAAAGUAAUUCAAGACGACAGCUACAGACAAAGUAUCGUAAAACUUCGUCGCUUGAUGCGUGACGAGUUUCAGUCUCCGCUGGAGCGCGCCGUGUGGUGGACGGAGUACGUGCUACGGCACGGCGGCGCGAAGCACCUGCGCUCGCCCGCCGCCAACAUCUCGUGGGCGGAGUACCUGGAACUGGAACUGGUGCUCACAUUACUGGCAGGACUAUUAGUCGUUGUAUCUGCUUUUAUUUUCAUAACGUACAAAUUGUUUAAGUAUAUAAGUAAAAAAUGUUUAAUUUCUGUUAAAGUUAAAAGUUCGUAGGUUUUACACUCUCAUACAUAUAUUUAAAAGUAACACUGUCUUGCACUACAAAAUUGUCGUGUUACAAUACAUUUUGUGAGGAAAGACUACAGAUUUUUUUUUUUAAUAAAAUUCUUAAGAUAAACUAUA